CGUCAUUAAGUCGCUGUGUGCCAAAUGCGGUAGACGCGUCUCUAGUAAACAACAUUCCACCGGACGCAUAGUCCUUAUUGAAAUAAUUCGAUUUGAAAUUCGUGUGGAACAAAAUCGACAAUGAAAGUGCUUUUCUUAUUUAUUGUUUUAUUCGUCGCGGUAUCUUCGGACAUGGCGGGCGAAUGUAACAUGUCAGCUUUUUACUUGGAGCUCGGCUGUACUCCUAUCCCGAGCGUGGACAACACGACAAUAUGCCCAGACGCGUUCAAAUGUCCAGAUCUACAUCCAGACCCAACGAUGUGUUACUAUAGAGGCGCGUCAUAUACGGACCGGUCACCUUUACCGCAGAAUUUGAUCAAGAACCCGUGCUCCCAAGCGUGCAGCUGCCGCAUCUCCGACGGUGAGCCGCAGUUCGAUUGCGCCGCAGUCGACUGCGUGGAGUCCUUCGACUCCGACCUCCAGGAGUGCGUCAAAACGUACGAAUUGGACUCAUGUUGCAGCACAGCAAAUGUCUGCGGCAAGGACGCAAUCGCAGCGUUAAAAACCUGCCAAGUGGACGGCAAAACGUACAGGGAGGGGGAGAUUUUCGAGCCCCAGAACACAAGGAAGACCUGCAUCUGUACAUCCGACUGGAGUGGCUCCGCGGACAACUCAGCUUAUUGCAGAGACAUCGAUUGCGGCUUAGAAAUACAUUACCAGGACAAAAUAUUUGAUAACUGCGCUCCGAUAUUCGCCGGGAACGGACGUAGUUGUCCAAUUGGAUUUGAAUGUCCAUCGACAACCACGAAAGUAAUGAGAGGACUGAAUCUGCGCAGCGUGAGUGCCCAGUGCGUCUUCGGCAACCAGACGCUGUCAGUCGGCGAUGAGAUAACUGUCGGCGAGCAAUGUACAACAUGUAUCUGUGAAGUACCGCCUUUUGUAUCGUGCUUAAGGCAGAACGCUUGCUAGGCGAGUACACUGCUCGCUAAGAAUCAACCUUUCUAAUUAAAACCUUCUAAUAAACAUAAUCCACAAAUGAACACAGCAGAUAUUUAAUUUCAAUAUUUAAAAGAGUCGUUGGGCCGAAUCCCUGGCUUUUCGUAAUGCUGAUCUAAAUAGGGGUAGGGGAUAGGGGGCAGGAGCUAGUGCUCCUUAGUAGGGGAUCCGUAACCUAAUGUUCCAUAUUCCAUAACAGUCUACUCGGCAAUUUUACCCCUCUGAGAUAACAAUGUGUAACUGCUAUUUCUGACGCGAAACAGUCACGUUAAAAAGAUCUGGAAACAUAUAAUACAAUACUAUUAUGAUUUCGACUUCAAAUUGAUGGCAUCAUGGUGCCUAUGGGCUUAUGUAUACACCUAACAGGCGGUCCGUGAUACU